ACCCGCAUAGGCGCGCUCUUUACACGACAUUCACAUUUCGAACAAUGGCUGCUCCCGAAAGCAUUCUUGAUUUUAGUAAAGAAUUGGAUGUCGCUGUCCUUGAUCAAGUCGUCAUGACCUUCUUUGGAGGUUUUGGCAACGACCAACAAGCGGCACAACAAUUAUUGACCCAAUUCCAAGACCAUGAAGAAGCAUGGACCAGAGUAGAUGGCAUUCUCGAACGAUCCAGUGUACCACAAACCAAGUUUAUCGCGCUUCAGAUCCUUGAGAAAUUCGUGCAAACGAGAUGGAACACGCUCCUUCCCGACAGUCGCAAUGCCAUUCGCUACUUUAUCGUGAACGUUAUCGUAAAGGUGUCUUCGGAUGAAAACACCUUGGUGAAGGAAAAGACUUAUGUCAACAAGCUCAACAUGGUGUUGGUCCAGAUUCUCAAGCAAGAAUGGCCCCGCAACUGGCCAUCAUUCAUUCCCGAAAUUGUUGCUUCAAGCAAAUCCAACCUUUCACUUUGUGAAAACAACAUGGCCAUCCUGAAACUGCUUAGUGAGGAAAUUUUUGAUUAUUCAGCGGAACAGAUGACCCAAAUCAAGACAUCCAACCUUCGAAAUCAAAUGUGCGGCGAGUUUUCCGAAAUCUUCCAAUUGUGUAAGGAGGUGCUGGACCGUGCCCAGAAGCCCAGUUUGAUCAAGGCCACUUUGGAAACCUUGUUGCGUUUCCUCAACUGGAUUCCUUUGGGUUACAUUUUCGAGACAGAUCUUAUUGAAACCCUUCGAUCAAGAUUCUUUGAAGUGCCACAGUUUCGCAACGUUACGCUCAAAUGCUUGACAGAAAUUGGUGGUCUCAAGGUUGAAGCUCAAUACCACGAAAAGCUCGCCAUCCUCUUUACCAGUGUCAUGAGCGCCGUUAACGUCAUGAUUCCUCCCAAUACCAACAUCCAUGAUGUAUACGAAAACAGCAGUGACGAUGAUCAAGAAUUUGUCCAGAAUUUGGCAUUGUUCUUGACCAGUUUCUUGACCGCACAUCUCAAGAUCAUCGAACAAGCACCUGGUACCCAAGACCUUUUGAUCAACGCUCAUUACUACCUUAUCAAGAUUUCCAGUGUGGAGGACCGUGAAAUUUUCAAGAUUUGUUUGGAGUACUGGGCACAAUUGGUGCAAGAGCUUUUCGAAGAAGUACGUUCCAUGCCACAACCCGAACAUCUGUUAGAACUGAACGCCGGUCCCAUGAGCGGCGGUCUUCACGGUUACAGACCUCGCAAGAUGCUCUAUGUAGAUGUGCUUUCGAGUUUGCGAGUGGUCAUGAUCGAGCGCAUGGUCAAGCCAGAAGAAGUGUUGGUUGUCGAGAACGACGAAGGUGAAAUUGUGCGCGAAUUCGUCAAGGAAAGCGACACGAUCGUCUUGUACAAGAGCAUGAAGGAGGUGCUCGUCUACUUGACCAACUUGGAUGUUGCUGAUACUGAGGAGAUCAUGACGAAUAAGCUGGCAAGACAGAUGGAUGGUUCGGAAUGGUCAUGGCAAAACUUGAACAAAUUAUGCUGGGCUAUUGGUUCGAUUUCCGGUGCAAUGAACGAAGAAACUGAAAAGCGAUUCCUGGUGACAGUCAUCAAGGAACUUUUGAGCUUGUGUGAAAAGAAGAGCGGCAAGGACAACAAGGCCGUUGUAGCAUCCAACAUUAUGUACACGGUCGGUCAAUACCCACGGUUCUUAAAGGCACACUGGAAGUUCCUCAAGACGGUUGUCAACAAAUUGUUCGAAUUCAUGCACGAGUCCCAUGAAGGUGUCCAGGACAUGGCUUGUGAUACUUUUAUCAAGAUUUCCCAAAAGUGCAAGAGUCACUUUGUCUCGCAAAAGGCGGGUGAAUUGCGGCCGUUUAUUGAUGAGAUUUUGGAAUCUAUCGAUGGCAUUACCUCUGAUCUCCAGCCACAACAGAUCCACACUUUCUAUGAAGCUGUUGGCUACAUGAUCUCUGCCCAGAAUCACAACAAGCCUGCCCAAGAGCGGUUAAUGAUCAAUUUUAUGGAACUGCCAAAUGCUGCUUGGAACAGCAUCAUGGCACAAGCCAAGCAAGACGUCAACGUGUUGAACAAUGCCAGCGAUAUCAAGGUCUUGGGCAAUGUUCUCAAGACCAAUGUCGCUGCAUGCAUAUCCGUGGGUCCUGGUUAUAUCAUUCAAUUGAGCAAGAUCUACAUGGAUCUGUUGUCUUUGUAUGGUAUCGUCGGCAAACUGGUAUCCCAAGCAGUAGCCGAGCAAGGUGUUAUCGCCAUCAAAACACCCAAGAUUCGAGGUCUUCGAACAAUCAAAAAGGAAAUCCUCAAGCUCAUCGAUGCUUAUCUGGAAUGCGCCGAGGAUCUUGCUCAGGUCGAACAAAGUAUGGUCGGUCCAUUCUUUGAAGCUGUGUUGUCGGAUUAUCAAAACAACGUAGACAUUGCCAGAGACCACGAAGUAUUAAAUGUCUUGGCCACUUUGGUCAACAAACUGCGAAGCAUGGCGACACCCAGAAUUCCCAUUAUACUCGAAGCAACGUUCGAACCAACGCUGAAUAUGAUCACCAAGGACUUUGCCGAAUUCCCAGACCAUCGAACGGGCUUCUACAACAUGCUGCUGGCCAUCAAUCAACACUGUUUCCCAGCAUUACUGGAGCUUGCACCCGCCCAGUUUAAAUUGUUCAUUGACAGCGUUGUAUGGGGCUUCAAGCACACCAUGCGUGAUAUUGCAGAUGUCAGUCUUCAAAUCUGCUCCGAGUUGAUUAUCAAUAUCAGCAAUACGGAUCCAGCUAUUGCUGGAGCAUUCUAUCGUUCGUACUAUCGCAGUAUAUUACAAGACAUCUUUUUCGUUCUGACAGAUCGAGAUCACAAGAGCGGUUUCAAGGGACAAACCGAAGUACUGGCACAACUGUUCAACUUGGUUACAAGUAACCGAAUCCAAGUACCAUUGUAUGAUGCUUCACAAGUCUCGGACCCCAAUACGACGAAUGCACAGUUCUUGGAGCAGUAUGUCACUGCACUGCUUCAGAACGCAUUCCCACAUUUACAAAGCGGUCAAAUCAAGGUGUUUGUGAUGGCCAUGUUCGAGUACAACAACAACUCUUCAAAGUUCAAGCUCGAAGUGCGUGAUUUCUUAAUCCAACUCAAGGAGUUUGCAGGUGAAAACGCCGAACUGUAUUUGGAAGAGAAGGAGGCUGAAAUGGAGGCCAAGCGAAAGGCCGAGCGUGAAAAGGCAUUAGCUAUCCCUGGUAUGGUCAAACCAUCAGAGUUGCCGGCAACGAUGGAUGAGGAUGAAGCCGUUUAAAAAACCGGAAGAGGGAGCUCUAUACACUUACACACGCACGUACACAGACACACACACACACACACACACUCACACACGCACAAUCUCACAUAAAUACACAACAUGGCACGUUUUCAAAAAACUAAAA